AUGAGAUUCUCUGGCUACAUGAAAAAUGGGGUGGCCUUCCUCAACCCCAUUGGAGACUCUCUCUGUUCCAGGAUUUCCUCUCCCAUAUAUUCUGGAUUAUCUGAUCUUCAUUUUCAAGGCCCUAGCUACACCUGGUUCUGUUUCCAGAAUGGUAGAAUCAUCAUCAAAGAAAGACUUGACAGGGGUCUGGCAAAUUCUGCUUGGCUGACUGCCCAUCAAAAGACUCAAGUGUUCCAUCUCCCUAAAUUGGGCUCUGACCACCGACCCAUACUUCUGGACUCUGCUCCAACGGAAACCAAAGCUACCAAGUUGUUUCGGUUCGAACACUUGUGGACCUCACAUCCGGAUAGUUUUCAGCUCGUUCACUCCAACUGGAAAUCUAUUUCUUCGGAUUUGGCUUCCACUACUUGGAUUGAGAACUUGGAUCGCUGCAAAUCUGCCCUCACUCUUUGGGCUAAUGCUACUUUUCCAAAUUUUGGCAAUCAGGUUUCUGAUGGUAUACAAAAGAUCCAGUCUUUGUUAGAGUCAGAAACUGAGGACACCCAGAAUGACAUUUCCACCACUUCAAAUCACAUUGCUUCUCUUUGGUUGCUUGAAGAAAUGUAUUGGAAGCAACGAUCUCGAAUCUCUUGGCUUGCCCAUGGUGACCAGAACACUCAUUAUUUCCAUCAGAUGACUAUUAUGCAUAGACGCAGGAACAAAAUCCUUCGCCUCAAGGAUGAUACUGGUUCUUGGUUACUGUCUGAAUCUGCUGUUGUCUCUCAUUUGAACCGGUACUUUCGUGAUUUGUAUACUGCCUCUCCCCCUACUAAUACCGACACUGUCUUGGACUUUGUUGAACCGGUUGUCACCCAUGAAAUGAACAAUGCUCUAUUGAAUGAUAUUUCUCUUCAAGAAGUGAGGGAUGCUGUCUUUCAACUUGGUGCACUCAAAGCCCCUGGCCCCGACGGAUUCUCAGGUACCUUUUACCAGUCCUAUUGGGAUAUUGUCAAGCUUGUAGUCAAAGAGGCCACUUCUCAGUCCUUUUUGGCUAAGUCUCUGCCGGAUCAGUUCAACUGCACCUUUAUUGCCCUUAUCCCAAAAGUGGAAACCCCUGAGCAUGCUUCUCAAUUUCGCCCUAUUGCUCUGUGUAACUUUGCUUACAAAAUUCUCACUAAGAUCAUUUCCAACCGACUUCGUCCUUUCAUGCCGGAUCUCAUUUCCGAAAACCAGUCUGCUUUUGUUGCUGGGAGACAAAUCCAAGACAACAUCCUUGUUGCACAUGAAUGUUUCCACCACCUUAAACUUCUCAAAUCUGGUUCUGAUGGAGAGUUUACUCUGAAGCUAGACAUGAACAAGGCAUAUGACCGUGUUGAUUGGAAGUUUAUGGAAUUGGUUUUACUAAAAUUGGGGUUUCAUCCUUCUUGGGUUCGAUUAGUGAUGGCCUGUGUCACUUCUGUUUCUAUGGCUGUGUUGGUCAACGGUACUCCUGGCAGGAAAUUCAAGCCUACAAGGGGGUUAAGACAGGGAGACCCACUUUCCCCCUUUCUUUUCCUUUUCAUCAAUGAUGUUCUUUCGUCAAUGAUUAGAAGGAUAUGCCAUAACCGUCUUCUUGAUGCUGUUAAGCUUGGUCUGGAUGGCCCGGAAGUUAGCCAUCUCUUCUUUGCUGACGAUUCCAUUUUCUUCCUGAAAGCUACCUUAUACAAUUGUGAGGUAUUAUCUAACACUCUUCAUAUGUAUUGCACAGCUUCUGGUCAAUCAAUUAAUCUUCACAAGUCCUCCUUAUACUUUAGUCCCAACACAAGACCGGAGAUUGUUCAUCUUAUUAGCCAUAUCUUGGGGAUGAAAGCAGUGACGAAUCCGGGUUCGUAUUUGGGUCUUCCUACCAUUUGGGGUCGGUCAAAGAUUUCUGCUCUGAAUUAUGUGAGAGAGAAAAUUCACAAAAAAAUUGAGGGAUGGAACCUUUCAACCUUAUCUCAGGCAGGGAAGGAGACCAUGAUUAAAGCAGUCGCACUUGCUGUUCCGGCGUACCCUAUGACCGUUUUCAAGUUUCCCACUACGGUUUGCAGCAAGAUUUCCUCCUCAUUAGUCAAUUUCUGGUGGGGGAAUAACGCACUCAAGUCGGGUAUUCACUGGAAGAAGUGGGAUGUGCUUGGCCUCCCAAAGUCUAAUGGAGGCCUUGGCUUCCGCAAUCUUGCAGACUUCAACAUUGCUCUACUAGCUAAACAAGAUUGGCACCUAUUGUCCAAUCCUCAAGCGCUAUGGGCUCGAGUUUUGAAAAGUUUGUACUUCCCCCACUGUUCCUUUCUCCAUGCAGUUCGAGGUUCAUCCCCCUCGUGGGAGUGGUCUAGUUUGCUGGAGGGUAGAUCUCUCCUUACAGUUGGCUCUCUUUGGCAAAUCGGUUCUGGGGCGGAUGUCAAUUUUUGGAGUGACAAUUGGAUUCCACGACAUCCAAACUUUAAUCUAAGUUCCCUUAUGCCCCCUCAUGCUCCAUUUAUGCCAGUCUCCUCUCUCAUUGACAGAUCUGCAAACGCGUGGAAUCUGCCGGCCUUACAUGCUCUGCUCCCUCCUGAGACUUUGUUUUCACAUCCUCUCAGUUAUCGUAUUGACACUCAAGGAAUCACCACAUUUGACAGCUGGUUGUUGGCGCUGUUUAACUCUGACAAUGGUUUAGCUCUGGCUGAUGCUCAAUUUCCCACCCAUGUUGCUUUCCUUCUGUGGUACAUUUGGAAAUAUAGGUGUAAUCUCAUUUUCAAGCAAGUCCCUUUUUCUCCAUCGAUUGUUGCUUCUCUUGCCUUCACUGCAUCAAGGGAAUACCUUCUGAUCCCUCCUAAGCUGCUUCUCCCGCGACACUCUUGCAUCACUGGUCUGUCUACCAAGGAUACCCAUUGGUCUGCCCCUCAACGUGGUUCUCUUAAAUUCAACACGGAUGCGGCUUGGGAUGAAGUUUCUAACUCUUGUGGCUUAGAUGUGGUGAUUCGUGAUCCUUCUGGAGUCAUUGUGGGGGGCUCCUCCAGGUUUGAUUUCACUUCCUCUCCUUUGGCUGCUGAAGCCAUGGCUAUUGAGCUUGGCCUCAUCGCAGCCUCCUCCCUCUCCCUCUCUUCUCUACUGCUGGAAUCUGAUUCCUUAUCUCUGAUUUCUGCUCUGCAAAAUCCCCUUUCAACGGUGGGCUGGACGGCUUCCCCAAUUGUUGCCCGUAUACGAGUUCUUGCCGGCCGCUUCCACCGUGUUAACUGGCGUUGGGUCAGUAGAAAAGCCAACGGUGCUGCUGAUCUGGUGGCUUCCAUGGCUUUACGCAGGGUGUGUCCUGUUGAUUGGUACUCCAAUCCUCCCCCCUCCCUAAUGCGUAUUUUGCUCUUUGAUGUUGCGGCCCCCCUCCUUAGCUGUGCCUUUGGAGUUUGCUUGUUGCUUUCCUGCUUCUUCGUUUUGCUGCUUUGUUUCUUUCUUGCUGUUUUGUUUCCUCUGUAA